AUGUGUGUAGAGUUAGCAGCGUCCAGUCCACAGAAUAAUCCUUCAUCCAUCGUAACCAUGGCCAAGUAUUCAAAGGCGGAUCAUGUUGUGUGGAGCAGUGGCCUCUGCGACUGUUUCGAGGACUCAAAAACAUGCUGCUAUGGCUUCUGGUGCUGCCCCUGCCUGGCCUGCACCGUGUCGAGCAGAUUCCAGGAGAACCACUGCCUCCCGGUGUGCGACAUCCUGAGCCCGGCGAUCUUUGCGGCCUGUGGGAUUCCUAUGUUUGUGCCGCCCGCGGUGUUAAGCCUCCGUGUGGCCAUUCGCAACCGCUACAAGAUCAAGGGCAAUAUCUGCAAGGACAUCUGCACGUCCUGCUUCUGCGUCUGGUGCUCCUGGUGUCAGAUGCAUCGGGAGUUACGAGCGCGAGACAAAGGCCCCACCACAGUGAACGUCACCAACGUGGUCGGCAUGCAGCCCGCCCCCUUUGUCAAUCAAACCUCAGAGCCUCAGUCAGAGCCUCAGUCAGAGCCUCAGUCAGAGCCUCAGUCAGUGCCUCCGUCAGAGCCUCAGUCAGAGCCUCAGUCAGAGCCUCAGUCAGAGCCUCAGUCAGUGCCUCCGUCAGAGCCUCCGUCAGAGCCUCAGUCAGAGCCUCAGUCAGAGCCUCAGUCAGAGCCUCAGUCAGUGCCUCCGUCAGAGCCUCAGUCAGAGCCUCAGUCAGAGCCUCAGUCAGAGCCUCAGUCAGUGCCUCCGUCAGAGCCUCAGUCAGAGCCUCAGUCAGAGCCUCAGUCAGAGCCUCAGUCAGAGCCUCAGUCAGAGCCUCAGUCAGUGCCUCCGUCAGAGCCUCAGUCAGAGCCUCAGUCAGCGCCUCAGUCAGAGCCUCAGUCAGAGCCUCAGUCAGAGCCUCAGUCAGCGCCUCAGUCAGAGCCUCCGUCAGAGCCUCAGUCAGAGCCUCAGUCAGAGCCUCCGUCAGAGCCUCAGUCAGAGCCUCAGUCAGAGCCUCAGUCAGAGCCUCCGUCAGAGCCUCAGUCAGAGCCUCAGUCAGAGCCUCAGUCAGAGCCUCAGUCAGAGCCUCAGUCAGAGCCUCAGUCAGUGCCUCCGUCAGAGCCUCAGUCAGAGCCUCAGUCAGAGCCUCCGUCAGAGCCUCAGUCAGCGCCUCAGUCAGAGCCUCAGUCAGAGCCUCAGUCAGAGCCUCCGUCAGAGCCUCAGUCAGCGCCUCAGUCAGAGCCUCAGUCAGCGCCUCAGUCAGCGCCUCAGUCAGAGCCUCAGUCAGCGCCUCCGUCAGAGCCUCAGUCAGAGCCUCAGUCAGAGCCUCAGUCAGUGCCUCCGUCAGAGCCUCAGUCAGUCAGCCUCCAGUCAGAGCCUCAGUCAGUGAGCCUCAGUCAGAGCCUCGUCAGAGCCUCUCAGUCAGAGCCUCAGUCAGAGCCUCAGUCAGAGCCUCAGUCAGAGCCUCGUCAGGCCGUCAGAGCCUCAGUCAGUGCCUCCAGUCAGAGCCUCAGUCAGAGCCUCAGUCAGCGCCUCAGUCAGCGCCUCCGUCAGAGCCUCAGUCAGUGCCUCCGUCAGAGCCUCAGUCAGAGCCUCAGUCAGAGCCUCCGUCAGAGCCUCAGUCAGAGCCUCAGUCAGAGCCUCAGUCAGAGCCUCCGUCAGAGCCUCAGUCAGAGCCUCAGUCAGAGCCUCAGUCAGAGCCUCAGUCAGAGCCUCAGUCAGAGCCUCAGUCAGUGCCUCCGUCAGAGCCUCAGUCAGAGCCUCAGUCAGAGCCUCCGUCAGAGCCUCAGUCAGCGCCUCAGUCAGAGCCUCAGUCAGCGCCUCAGUCAGAGCCUCCGUCAGAGCCUCAGUCAGAGCCUCAGUCAGAGGGAAGUCAGAGUCAGCCAAUCCAGCCAACAGUUAAACUGUGGAACUCUCUCCCCACCGGACUGA